AUGAGUGGUGGCGGAACUGGUGGUACCUCUAGUGGUGGUAGCGGCGGCGGUGGUGGUUCUGGUCGGGCACAUUUCCGUAGUCAAUUAGGAUGUUGUAUAUGCGGGACAAAAUCUUCAUCUUCACGUUUCACUGCUAGUCAGAGAUAUGCCGAACACUUUGGGACAUGUUUUGGUCCACAGGCUGCUACACGUUCAGGUGAUUUGUGCAAUGCAUGUGUACUGUGUGUUAAGCGAUGGCUUCAACGUGGGAAACACCCUAAUUUCUUUAUACAGGUCCUCGAUAGUAAAAAAGGUCCAGGACCAAAGCAUAUGAAAGAGAUAACUAAACGAGCACGUCGUCGUGAGGCCAAACAGCAAGCCGCAGCGGCAGCACAAGCAGCAGCUUCGGGUUCUUCUGGUAAUGUUAGUGGAGUUAAAGAGUCAAGAAGUGCUAAGUCUUCAUCCAUUGGUGGCUCCAUGUCUACCGCAACUGCAGCUGGUACUACUUCUAUGACCACUAAUAAUAACUGCACUCGUAUGACAACAUGCGGCAGUAAUGGUCAUCAUUGUUCACGAUCAAAUUUUCAUCACCAUACUACAACUAAUACAAAAUCAGAUGUUUACCUCUUCACAUCAAACAACUGUAAUCAUACACAAUUGAAUACGUCAUGUCAACAAUUUUGUGGAAAUAAUUCAAUGAGUACAAUUAUGACAGAAAGUACUAUAGGGGGAACAACACGCUCAUCUACACAACAAUCUCAACCAGUUUCAAAUGGACAUCGAAAUAACAAUGCCAGUCAUGUAAGUACUUAUGGUCGAUCAACACAAAAUAAUGCUGCAUCCAUCUCUCCGAAAUCACAGAAAAAUGUUGGUGUAGUUCAUCGACGUUGUUCUUGCCUACGUAUUGAUCAAGAAGACUAUUUCUCUAAAUUAUCUUAUUCACAAGGCGCAACAAGAACUCGUGCAGCUGCCGCUAGACAACUAGAAGCUGCCAGUGCUGCAGCCGCGGCCGCUGCUGUUUUCGUUCAAACUACCGGAGGUAUAUUGUCGUCUUCGACACCAUCACGUGACCACAAAGGUAUGAACAACAACUGUCUACUGUAUCAUCAUCAUUCAUCAGAUAUCCUAAUGACGAGUAAUGUUGUUACACCGUUGACGCCUAAUGAAUGCGAUAGUAUGAAUUAUGGUGGUACUGCUGGUAGGGGUAGUUUGCAUACGUGUUGUUCAGCUUUGUGUCUAUCAUCCUCCUCUUCGUCAUCUGCUUCAUCAAAGUGUCAAGCCAACCCCAGCACCAAUGCAACAACGGCAACUGGCAUUUGUUGUUGCUGCUCUCCAUCCUCGACUGUUGCCAUUGCCCCCUGCUGUUGUUGUUGUUACUGUAAUAAUAGUAAUUGUUGUGGUUGUAGUGGAAGUGUAAGUGGUUGUGGAAGUAUCAGUGGGUGUAGUGGUAGUACAAGUGGUUUUGUAUCGAAUUCUUCCAGUCUUUCGAUCGCUAGUCCUACGAAUAAUAAUAAUAAUAAUUGUUCAAGUGGUAAACAUAAUACAUGUAACAAUAGUAAAAAACAAAAUAAUUCUUUAAAUAUUUCAUCUGAUACAUCAGGAAAUGGUGGUGUUCAACAGUCUCAUCAGUAUCAAUGUCGACGAGUCACUGAAUUUCGACAUCCUCAGCCACCACAAACUAGUCAAAUGAAUGUUACAGCGGGUUGUACUAGCAAUGGUAAUAGUAAUAAUAACCGUGAGAAGAAUACAUCCUCAUCUAUGAAUGGUAAUACUGGGAACUGUAAUAAUCCAAGUACCACAUAUAUGGUAAAUAGCAAUAACAAUACUGCAGUGUCUUCUACUCCAUUACAACUGUCUACUUCAACUGUAGAUAUAGAUUGUAAUGAUAUGAGUCUAUCAGAUGUAUCAGUAACAAAUACAAGUGCAAUAACCACUGCAACAUCAACAACGACAACACCAACCCCAUCAACUAUUCCUACACGACGUUACAAUCGUAGAGUUGUUCUACCUCCUGUAAGAAUGACACAUAAUCCUGAAGUGGAUUCAUUAUUACGUGAAAUAAUGGAACGAAAUAGUCAAGCUGUAAAUUUUGAUUCACGUGAAAUGCAUAUGGCUGUACAACAAGAGUUACGACUUCGUAGUCGUACUAUACAUACUGCUGCAUCAGCUUCAGGUGGAUCAAUCUCUGGACGUGCAUCAUCAAUAAGCUCAGCAGAUGGUUCUACAGAGGCGACAGUUGGUUCUAGUAGUCAAACAUCCCUACUAAAUGCUACCAUCUCUUUUGCUGUUUCAACUUUUUAUAGUGUUGUACUACAUAUUGUUUUGUGUUUUUCUAUUGACCUCCAUUCAUCUUUACUGUUGUUAAUUUAUGUGGCGUGUUUAUGUAUGUAUAUGUAG